CAACAAGCCGGAUUGUUGCCUCCAACUCGAAUCCCUAUAAAUAAGACGCUCGAUCGCUUCUGCACAACCAAUCAUAAACCUGAAAACAUUCAAGAAGCCAUACAAUUUAGACAACAUGACGCCGAAGAAUCUAGUUCUAGUCCUGGCUCUCUUCUGCUACCUGGGGGGCGCUUUGGCAGUCCUCUGUACGGACGAUCCUUCGACGGGUUGUGUAGAUUGCACAACAGAUGCCGAAAAUGAGGAGUGCACCACAACUACAACCACUACUACCACCACCACUACCACCACCACAACUACCGCGGCUCCCAACGCAUCCCCAACUACUGCCGCUCCCGCGACUAAAACUGGCGGCAAAAAGAAGAGGUUCACCAUUAAGAGGCUGCAGUUCACAGCCACCAGGAGGGUCAGGAAAGUCAACAAGACCGGCUAGGCCCAAAAGCGAAGAAAAUUGAAUCAAAUAUAUGUAUAUAUCCCCAAA